CCACGCCUAUGGGCACGGCGAGCAGCAUUCCUUCCAAGUCAGACAAAGCAAGCAAGAAAGUUCUCGUCACUAGGCUUGAACGAGAGCGUGAACGAAAAUAUGAAACGUGUCUGGAAAGCGAAGAAAUGGCGGCAAAACAACUACUGGAAUACGAAGCUAAACUAUCAGAGUUGAAAUCAAAGAAUGAGCAGCUAGAGGAGACGAUGACCAAACUGAGAGCGCAGAUGAAAUCGGAAGCGGACAGUUGGCAACGAGAGAAGAGCGAGACGCUGCACAUGAUGUUCAGUGAAUUGCCGUUGAUGCAUCUGUCGGAGAAGUCGCGGCGGCAGACGAAGAUAUCGACCAACAUGUUCUCCGGAAGCGCCGAAAGUUUAUGCAAAACGUUUCCGAUGGUAACCAUAGCAACAUGGGAUGUGGUUGGAUUUGCAGAGUUAUGCGCGAGGAUCACUCCGGCUGAAGUCAUCUCAUUGUUGGACAAACUGUAUGCGAGAGUCGAUGACACAUUUGUUGACUGUAACAUUGUCAUACUCGAUCGUUCGUCUGACAGCUGCACGGCAGUCACAGGCCUAGUCGAGCACUACUACUCUCCAUCUCAAAUAACAAGCAAACCACCACUCAAAAAGGCUGACAGCACUUAUGGUAGUGUAGAUGAUUUGAGCAGUCAAAUGGGUGUGGUCAGAAUGCAACAAGUUGACGACACACAAUCACACGAACUGCCUGAGAAUUAUGCUGCCCUACUGGCAUCAUCGUGUCUGCGUCUAAUGAGCUCUAUUGCUGCCAUAAAAGUCUCUGGUUUACAUGAUUUUAUGCUGCAGUUGAGAAUAGCUCUGCAUUCUGGUCCUUGCUCUGCGGGUGCGAUUGGAUUGCAUUCGGAGCACCACAUCCCCAAGUACAGACUGUUUGGUCCGACUGUCACUCGAGCACAUUGGCUGCGUUCUAGUGGUCUGGCUCUUCAAAUUCGUGUCAGCAAGGAAAGCGAGGUGUUGUUGGAAAAGAAGGGCGGAUUUAGGUUGGAACGAUGUCCUGAUUAUAAACUUGCGAAUUGGAAUGAGACCGUGGAAUCUUAUUGGCUAGUUGGAAUGGACGCUCAUGACGUCAGGUUACCGUCUCUGGACAGAGCGAUUCCUCUUACAAACUACCUUCUACAGCACGUGUAAUACCACGUGCUAUUUGACAUACAUACAUACAUACAUACACUUUAGUUACUACAAUUGCUUUGUUGAUCUAACGCGCGUUAGAUAUAUUUUGUUGUACAUGUACAUA